CGUGGCAAGAGUUGCUUCCAGAAUCAUUAAUAGUUAAAAAAAAUCAUCAUUGGCACAAGAAAGUGAGAUAUUUCCUAGUCUUGCUUUCAAGUUUCAAGCAAUCUAUCUAUCUCGAAAAAGCAGCGAUGCAAGACGCCGAGACAUCACGACAGCCGGCGAAGUCUUUGUCCGAUCGAGUGAAGACUAACUGUUUAUCCAUGGCAGUAACAUGCCAGGAAGGGUUUAGCUAUGUCAAAGCCUUUUUUGUUGGCCAGACAAAGAGAUUGACGGCAAAGAACGAGAAGGAAGCUACGGAGGCUCAUCUAACGGAGACAAAAAUGCAAGUUGACGCAACCGAUGAAGCAGAGAAUGCCAAGAAGAGACUUCAUCAAUCUUCUUAAUGUUUCUUUAUUAACAUAUAAUAAUGGAGUGUGUACUUUAUUAAGCAAACACAAAUAUCUGGGAGUUUUCAACUGUUUCUACUACUAAUGAUGAAUGUUAUUUCAGUAUUGAUUUUUAAUACAGAAUUCUAUUCCCAAAAGAUAAAAUGGAAAAUUUUCAUUGUUAUUAUAGAACUACAUAAA